AUAGGACUUAUUUUAGGGUAUAACAAUUGUCAUUGCCAAAAGAUCGAUAACGAACUCAAGAAGAAUGCUUGAACUGUUUGGAAUCCGAUUAGGCGUCGUUUUGGUCACCAGAUUCAUCCUGGCAACGAUAUUCUGGCACGUGGACAAUUCCCCCAAAGGGGUUCAACAACGAAUUGGGUUCUUUGCCUUCGCCGUGUCCACCACCUUCUACACUUGCGCCAAAGCCAUCCAAGAAUGCUACAUCUUCAUGCGAGAAACUGAUUAUAAUGCCUACCGCCGAUCAUUGUACAUCUUCGCCCACUCCAUAAUUUCCAUCCCUUCCUUAAUCGUCCUCUCCAUCUUCUUCGCCGCCAUAACUUUUUGGAUGGUGGGAGUCGUGGGACUCGCCAGUGGCCUCCAUGGGUUCCUCUUCUUCUUCUUCACCAUCGUCGCCUCCUUCUGGGCAGGGAGCUCCCUCGUCACAUUCCACUCCGGCGUCGUCUCCCACAUCAUGUUCGGAUUCAUCGUAGUAGUCACCAUCCUCGCCUACUUCGUCCUCUUCAAUGGCUUCAUCAUCUCCCGCAACCGAAUCCACUUAUACUGGAUAUGGUUCCACUACAUCUCCCUAGUGAAGUACUCGUACGAAGCCGUUUUACAGAACGAAUUUGACAAACCAACAAAAAGCUUCGUCAAAGGAGUCCAGAUGUUCGACAAGACGCCGUUCGAAACAACACCGACGACAGUGAAGCUUAAGCUGUUGCAGAUUUAAGUAUAGAAAUUGAAUCCUAAAGAAAAAACAAUGCUGUCGAAAAUUUGCUCCUACCAUGUGGCCAAUAGAAAAAAAAAAUGAAAGAGAAACAACGUUGUUGUUGGAAAUUUGCUUCUAUCAUGUGGUUGCUUACAUGGCAGCACAUGACCUCAUGUGUGGAAUUUCGUUAACAGAGCUAAUGGAGUUAUGUGAGGUAGAUGAAAAUGAAACAGUUUUUGAAGU